AUGUUGUCCCGAACCCGUCUGUCCCGUGAAAAAAAUUUAUGGGCUUUUUUGCUCCGUCCCGUUUGUCCCGAAAGUGCAAAGUUGGCCAUUGUUGGUCUCGGACCAAGAGGUCUCGGUAUUCUCGAACGUUUGACGGCUCCCUAUGAUCGGCACAAACACAACUAUGACAUAGAUCUUUAUCUAAUUGAUCCCGGCUUCCAUCCUAGACAAGGAACACAUUCAUCAAAACAAAAUGCACACUUGCUAAUCAAUACAGUUGCCUGUCAAAUCACAAUGUUCGGCGAUGACACAGUAAAAAACUAUGGCCCAUUGAGAACAGGACCAGGACUUCUUAAAUGGACAAAUCAACGAGGAUAUCGACGAAUGCCGAAUAAUCAGUAUUUAAUUACAACUGAUAAGGCAAGUGAAGAAAUUCAAGAAAAUGACUAUCUACCCCGCUCAAUACUAGGCGAAUAUCUCAAAUGGGU